AUGCCGGGGACACUGGAGAUGCUGGGAACACUGUACAAACUGGGAAUACUGGAUGUACUGGGGGCACUGAAGGCACUGAGGACAUUGGAUGUACUGGGGACACUGGAGACACUGGGAAUACCCGAGUCCCUGGGGACACCAGGAGCGCCAGAGGAGCCGGGUCCCCGCAGCGCCACGGCCACCGUGCGCAUCGCCGUGGAGGACGACAACGACAACGCGCCGCAGUUCAGCGAGAAGCGGUACGUGGCCCAGGUCCCCGAGGACGUGGCGCCCAACACAGCCGUGCUGCGGGUGACAGCCACCGACCGGGACAAGGGCAGCAAUGCCCUGGUCCACUACAGCAUCGUCAGCGGCAACACCCGCGGGCACUUCUACAUCGACGCCCAGACGGGCGCCCUGGAUGUGGUCAGUCCCUUGGACUACGAGGUCACCAAGGAGUUCACCCUACGGAUCCGGGCGCAGGACGGUGGCCGCCCGCCCCUCUCCAACAUCAGCGGGUUGGUCACUGUCCAAGUGUUGGAUGUCAACGAUAACGCUCCCAUCUUUGUCAGCACCCCCUUCCAGGCCACCGUGCUGGAGAACGUGCCGGUGGGUUACUCUGUCAUCCACGUUCAAGCCAUCGACGCCGAUUCCGGUGACAACAGCCGGUUGGUCUACACCCUCCUGGAGACCAGCACCGGCUUCCCCUUCGCCAUCAACAACAGCACCGGGUGGAUCGUGGUGGCCUCCGAACUGGACCGGGAAGCGGUGGACUUCUAUGGCUUCGGGGUGGAGGCGCAGGACCAAGGUCACCCCCCCAUGGCCUCCUCAGCCAGCGUCAGUGUCACCAUCCUGGACGUCAACGACAACAGCCCUGAGUUCACGCAGCGGGAGUACAGCGCCCGGCUGAACGAGGACGCGGCGGUGGGCACCAGUGUCCUCACUGUCUCCGCCCUUGACCGUGAUGCCAACAGUGUCAUCACCUACCAGAUCUCCAGCGGCAACACCCGCAACCGCUUCUCCAUCACCAGCCAGAGCGGCGGGGGCCUCCACUGCCUGGUCCCUCCCCUGGGAGCGGCAAGCUCCCACUACACCGUCAACGUCAACGAGGACCGGCCAGUGGGCACCACGGUGGUGGUCAUCAGUGCCACGGAUGAGGACACGGGGGAGAACGCCCGGAUCACCUACCUGAUGGAGGACAGCAUCCCCCAGUUCCGCAUCGCCGCCGAGACGGGCGCCGUCACCACCCAGAUGGAGCUGGACUACGAGGACCAGGUGUCCUACACCCUGGCCAUCACGGCGCGGGACAACGGCAUCCCGCAGAAGUCAGACACCACCUACCUGGAGAUCCUGGUGAGCGACGUCAACGACAACGCUCCUCAGUUCCUCCGGGACUCCUACCAGGGCUCUAUCUAUGAGGACGUGCCCGCCUUCACCAGUGUCCUCCAGGUCUCUGCCACCGACCGUGACUCGGGGCUCAACGGCAGGGUCUUCUACACCUUCCAAGGGGGUGAUGAUGGCGACGGUGACUUCAUCAUCGAGUCCACCUCGGGCAUUGUCCGCACCUUGCGCCGCCUCGACCGGGAGAACGUGCCUUUCUACACCCUCCGGGCCUUCGCCGUUGACAAGGGGGUCCCGGCCAAGAGGACACCAAUGGAGAUCCAAGUGACGGUGCUGGAUGUCAACGACAACCCACCCGUCUUUGAGCGGGAUGAGUUUGACAUCUUCGUGGAGGAGAACAGCCCCAUCGGGCUGGUGGUUGCCCGCAUCACGGCCACCGACCCCGACGAGGGCACCAACGCCCAAAUCAUGUACCAGAUCGUGGAGGGCAACAUCCCUGAGGUCUUCCAGCUGGAUAUCUUCUCCGGAGAGCUCACCGCCUUGGCCGACCUGGACUACGAGUCCAAGGCUGAGUACAUCAUGGUGGUCCAAGCCACCUCAGCCCCCCUGGUCAGCCGGGCCACCGUCCACGUCCGCCUUCGCGACGUCAACGACAACCCCCCCCAGCUGCAGAACUUUGAGAUCCUCUUCAACAACUACAUCACCAACCAGUCGGGCAGCUUCCCCGGGGGGGUCAUUGGCCGCGUCCCCGCCCACGACCCCGACGUCUCCGACAGCCUCACCUACACCUUCGAGCAGGGGAACGAGCUCAACCUG